AUGGCCGAUCUUGCAGAGUCAGCGAUCAAAACAGUGACCACGAACGAAUCCUUGCUGGGAUCGUUGGAAGGCAUAGGAAACAUUGUUCUGGAAGCCAUCUAUCACAUGGACUGUGGCGACUUGCGAAGAGCUUGGAUAGCUAUGCGUCGCGCUGUCAUGGCCGCGCAACUGGCUGGCUUGCAUAGACGUGCUCCUCAUCAACUAAGAGGCUUGGACGAUCGAACCGACCUUGAUUCUGAGAUUAUGUGGAACAGUAUCAUAUACAUGGAGCGCAUAACCUCUUUACUAUCUGGGCUCCCCACGAGUACGGGUAGUGCAAAUAUCGCACUGCAAGAAGUCACGAAUGACGCCGUUCCGGGCCAAAGGCUGCACGUACUUAUUGGAAAUGCUGCUGGAAGAGUUCUCGAACGAAAUCAGAUUGACUCAUCGCAGCAGGCUUUGGAGCUUACCGAAGACAUUGAUCGAGCAUUGAUCAAACUUGCCGGACAAAUGCCAACAGCUUUUUGGCGGCCCCCAGAAUUUGCAGAGUUGGCAAGAGACUCUGUGGAGGCCUUCAAUGAGACUCGCCGAGCCUUCAGCCAUAGCUCUUACUAUACUCUGGUCAUUCAGCUACAUAUGCCUUACAUGCUAUGCCCGAGCCACGCCUCACAGAGAACAUACUCCAAAAUUGCAUGUGUCAAUGCUAGCCGCGAGAUUCUAAGCCGCGAGAUUGCGUUGCAAACAUUCAAUCCCAUCUCAUCGUCUUGUCGUAUGAACGACUUCAUGGCCUUGAUCGCUGGAGUGACAUUAAUGCUUGCACACGCCUUGAGUCACUGUGGCCAUGCAACAGAAUAUUUAUUGGUCCAUCAGCGAUUGUCUGAUCGAGCGCUGGUCGAGCGAGCCUUGGAGUGCAUGCCCUUCGUAUCUGAGUUACAAGAGGAUAUGCUUGUGGUCAGAUGUGUGGCACUCCUACGGGAUCUAUUGAUAAUUGAGCAGGAAGCUGCACGUGAGCAUGAUGAGAGCUCGUCGCAUCAGGGCUCCCAGACCUACGAGACUGGACGCGAUCUGCUUAUCAUGAGAGCGCCUUUCCUUGGAGGUAUCAAGAUAUCCAAGGGAGGGGUCGCAGCUGUGGCGUCUUUGAGGGCAGAAGAAGGUCGAGAUUUGUCGGGAGGAGUAAGUAUUGGUGGGAUAGGAUCACUUCGUGUCAACAGUCCGAUUCCGGAGCCUCCCAUACUAUCUGGACAAUCUUCGGGGGAGGCAUCCGUCCAUGAGGGCAUGACGGGUGUUUUACAGGCAUGUCCGAACGAGUUUUUCAUGCAGCAAGACCAGGUUGUGUCGGAGGUUGCUGCCAAUUUCGACGAUUGGUCGGUGCUAGGAAUGGACAUAGCAUUCUUUGAGAAUGUGAUGCGUGGUAACGAAGGCAUCCUGUCCAGAACCGCUGGCACUGAACGAUGA